AAACUGGACGCAAUAAGCUAACCAAGAUGGGUCGCAGUUCUAGUGAAGGGUCUCCACUCCUCUUUUUCCAGGGAUCCCAGGUCAGUCCGUAUGAAGAACAAAUAAAACGGUAUCCCUACUGCCUUAACUGCCUGGCUACGUUCCACACAACCGGGUAUGCAAUACGUUCGACCGCUGCGAUAACUGUGGUAAGGCACCCCACACUAUACUCCGUCGCUCAAAAAGUAUUAAGUAUUUGUGACGAGUCGCUUUGGUUUGUAAACGACGGUGUGGGGCGACCCGACCGCGCCAGCCUAAAGGCAGUCAACUCGCGACCGCCCCCGCACUCAUUUGUAAAUUUGAACUCAUCAGCUAAGCUCCUCUGGCAAACAAUAACACAUGAACUCAGUUUCGCUCAAACAAUUAGCUUAAGUUAAAAGAAAUACAUAUAACUUUGUAUAUUCACCAAAUAAAUGAAAUGAAUUAAACUUAUAAUACUA